AUGGCUACGAUUGCGAAAAAUAUACCACAACUUAAAAUUGCCGCAGAAUCUGGUGCCAUCUUUGACGUUCAGAUGCGAAGCGCAGGUACCACUCAAUCUUCAGCAGUCCCCUCGUGCCAGACCCUGCGCAGUCAAUUGCCACUUCCUCCCUCGGGAGUUUAUUGGAUUGAUCCAGACGGUGGGUCCCAUACCAACGCGUUCAAGGCUUACUGUGACAUGGGGACUAACGGAGGAGGCUGGACUCUAGUGUGGAGCCAUACCUUCACUGAUUAUGAGUUCUUCAUGGCCGGUUCAAACGCAGUCACACCAAGACCAAACUGGUUUGUGAACCAGAAAGCGGAUGUUCCCAUAUCAACAACUCCACCACUAAACGAAACAGACUACAACGCCAUGGAGUUCUCUCUGUGGAAACAACUUGGCAGACAGGUCCUCAUCAAGAGCAACAUAAACAACUGGUUGAUAUGUAAUCCGGGAACAGGAAGUUUGGCUGAUUGGCAGGAAGAGAGCGUCAGUUGUCAGAUUGUCAAACGCGUGAGCGACAAGUGUUUGGAGACGCCAGCACCUUCCUCAGUUUCACCUAGUGAUGGUUCAAAUUGUGGGCCAGUGUUUCUCUCAGCCUCAUUCUAGGUUGACGGAUACUACUAUUUCGACGGUUGUACGCGGAAAUACUUUCCCAUCAGUGAUCCUUGUGGUGUAACGUCUGGCAAAUGGUCUUAUAUGAAAAAUGUGGCUAAUCCCCAUGCUAACAUUUUCAUCCGAUGAACUUCCAUCAGAGACGUUUCAUCAUUAUUGAUAAUCCUUAUAAAAUGCCACUUUCUAACCAAAGGUUGAAAAAGUUUUCAGGCGUAACAUCGUAAUAUUAACCAAACUGCAUAAGAGCGUUUAUUAUCCAACUGCAGCGAACACCGUCCAAAUAACAGUACAAUUAUACAGCGAUAUCGAUAUUGUACAGUUAUUUUUACAACAGAAAACCUAUCAGCCGCACAGUUCGGCGCGCACGCACAAAACUGUCACACUCUGCCUCUUUCAUUGAUAAAUUAUUGACUACAGAGUUGGAUGAUAAAUCUCUUAUUAGACGUUUUGGUGCGCAGUAUCGCUUUAAAUUUUUUAUUCGUUGUUUGUAUUUUG